AUGGAUGGAAAAGAAUCUCACAACCAAGAGUUAAGGAAUGUGGUGAGUGGAAGUUUGUCUGAAACGUUGCUUGAUGAGAAAAAGUGGUCAUCAGAUAAGUCUCUGGACAUGGAUAUAGAAAAGGAUGUAACUUAUGAACGCAGUUGUGCAAGGUUUAACCCCGUGGAAUCGCCAGAACCAGCAGAAUUCUCACAAUCUAGGGCCUUAGACUUUAUUGAUCACUAUCUGUCAGUUAGUGAUUUGAACUUGUGUGAAAAUGUUGAAACUAAAAAGACUAACAGAAUAAAAUCACCAGCAUCUUUGAGGUCAAAAGGGACUCAAAGUUUGGCGAGGAGAGUAAAUCUUGGAAUCAUUGAUUGUGACUCUACGACUUUUGACUGGACAGGAAAGGAAAAUGAGAAUGGUGGGUACACCUUCCUGGGAACGACAGAUGACACGAUCUUUGGAUGGGAAGGAAACAAAUCAGGGUCCGCAUUUGUAAAUCAGGAAUCUGAUAUUUUUGGCUCGUGCGGAGGCUUAAUCCUCCGCGUGCGGAGGUUCUCAACCUCCGCACGCGGAUGCUUAAGCCUCCGCCUUCCUGGGAACGACAGAUGA